UGUAGACUAGUCACGUGACCGACAUUGUCUUAUUUUUUUCCUCACCGAGCGUUCGGUUGAGUGAUACGGGAAUUUGCGCUAUUUACUCGCUAUAAAGUGCUUUGUUUCGUUGACUUCCUCUUUGUUUUAUAUGUACUCGAUCUUCACAUAGAUGCCGGGAUUGAAAUAAGAGCAGGAAAUCUUUUGAGGAAGUGGAGUGACAGCGCCGCUGUAAAUCAAGAUGGCAGGUCUGUCUUUAUAUUUUGAAGAUGGUCAUGAUGAUUUGGAUGACUUUGGAUUCGAUGACUAUGGUUCGGAGUGUGAAGGGAUUCGGAUAACAGCAUUCCUGGAUGCAGGCCAGGAUAAUCUCACCCCUCUGGGCCGGCUGGAGAAAUAUGCUUUCAGUGAAAACGUCUUCAACAGGCAAAUUGUGGCUCGUGGAUUGCUGGAUGUUCUCCGGGAGUUCAGUGCUAAUGAAAAUGACUUCAUCAGUGUCAUGGAAACGGUUGCCAGGAUGUCUGAGGAUGGAGAACCGACAGUGCGAGCAGAGCUAAUGGAACAGGUGCCAAACAUUGCCAUGUUCCUCCAUGAAAAUCGCCCCAAUUUCCCAGAAGCUUUCUCACGGUACCUGGUUCCCAUAGUGGUCCGCUAUCUUACAGAUCCUAAUAAUCAAGUUCGAAAGACGAGCCAGGCUGCUUUGCUGAUACUACUUGAACAAGGUUUGAUGAGUAAACCAGAUAUGGAAGGAAAGGUCUGCCCUGUGCUUCUGGAGCUCACUGAACCCAGUAGUGAAGACGACCUGAAGAUCGAGGCUGUAGCGAUCAUGUGCAAGCUGGUGACCAUGUUGACUAAAGACACGGUGGAACAUCUUUUAUUGCUGCGCUUCUGCGAUCUCUGCAGUGACACCAGAUUAUUUCAGAUCCGCAAGGUAAUGAUGCUCUCAAAUGAUCCAACCUGCCCAUUUAUCAGGUUAGAAAAUGGUCAUUCUCUGGUUCCUGUAUGUACAGUACACUGUAGAAAAUUCCUCAUACAUGCUAAUGUGUACACACAGGAGUCAGACCUAAUAGAACAUGUGGAGGAAGACAAAGACUCGGAUGCAGUUAAAGCAUGUGAAGAGGAGAAGUCUAAAGUCCAGAAUGUAAUUCCUCAGCAGUUGCUGGAUCAGUAUCUGUCUAUGACAGACCCCGCGCGAGCUCAGACCGUGGACACUGAGAUUGCCAAACACUGUGCAUUCAGCCUGCCCGGCGUCGCCCUCACACUGGGCAGACAGAACUGGCACUGCCUCAAAGACACCUAUGAAACUCUCGCAUCAGACGUACAGUGGAAGGUGCGACGGACGCUUGCGUUCUCCAUCCACGAGCUGGCAGUGAUUCUGGGUGAUCAGCUCACCGCAGCUGACCUUGUGCCCAUAUUUAACGGUUUUCUCAAAGACCUCGAUGAGGUGCGGAUAGGAGUCCUCAAACACCUGUAUGAUUUCUUAAAGCUUCUUCAUGCCGAGAAGCGGCGGGAGUAUCUUUAUCAGCUGCAGGAGUUCAUGGUGACCGACAACAGCCGAAACUGGAGAUUUCGCUAUGAACUAGCCGAACAGCUUAUCCUGAUCAUCGAGUUGUACAGCCACAAUGACGUCUAUGACUACCUCAGACAGAUCGCACUUAACCUUUGCUCUGACAAAGUGUCAGAAGUGCGGUGGAUCUCCUACAAACUGGUGGUGGAGAUCCUGCAGAAGUUGUAUUCCUGUGAAGCUCAUGACUUGGGACUUAAUUUCAUUAAUGAGCUCAUUAUGAGGUUCUGCCACAGUCCCAAAUGGGUCGGGCGUCAGGCAUUUGCUUUCAUUUGCCAGGCGGUAGUGGAGGAGGACUGUAUGCCCAUGGACCAGUUUGCCCAGCACCUUCUGCCCAGUCUUCUCAGCCUCUCAUCAGAUCCUGUGCCCAACGUCCGUGUGCUGGUGGCCAAGGCUUUACGGCAGAGCGUGCUGGAAAAACCGUAUUUCAAGGACCCAGACAGCGCUUAUUCGGAUGAGCUGGAGAAGACUCUGUCUGUGCUCCGCAAUGAUGAAGACAGAGACGUGCGCUUUUUCGCCACACUGGAUCCCAACAGAAACAUUAUGGACACCACAGCGUUGAUCUAGCACCUUGUACAAUCCGCACAUGUGAACAAGCACCAGCAGGAACAACACUAAACGGAUUCACAGACGAGCGUUUACAAAUAGGAACUACUGACCAAGACCUUCGCAUACACACACACACACACACACACACACACACUCACACACCGUUUCCUGUCCUAACACAAUCCACAUAAUUAGUAUAUGCAUAUAUUAUGCAUUGUUUUGAUUUAUACACAAAGUGGGCCUCAUUCAUGAAACUAUCUAUGGAACUAUAAGCAAUGAGGUGAUGCAGAUUUACUUUCCAUUGUGGUUUUUAUCCAGUUAGAUGAUUAAAUCAUGAGAUAUUGGAAUUGAAAAUCAAGGAAACUUUUCAUGCGUGAGGCCCACCUAAACUCUCACUCACACAACAACCAUUUCACCUCUCUGAAUGGUGCAAGGUUUCAUUUGCACCUUCGUGGCAGCGUAAGUAUGUGGAUUGUGUCAUUUCUCCUCAUCAAACCGUUCUGAUGCGACCAGCUGCCCCUCCAAAGCAAACUGUACAUUUCUUUUUUCUUUCUUGUGGAUUUCUUAAAGCUAAAGGACUAAGAAGACAAGCAGACUGACACAGUGAAGUGCUACUAACUCAGGGAGACCUGAAUUGUUUUUGUUUUUAAAGCUGCAAUGCCGUAAAGUGGUAUCGAGCUGAGCCCAAGUGAUGAUGCCUCAGAAAUGUUGCUGCGUUCACCAACCUCCUGUUUACCCAACCCUCAGGAUGCACACAGACUGUGGUGGAAAAUGAGUUAUUGCAGCUCAGGAGCCCCCCCCAAAAAAACUCCCUAUCCUUUUUGUAGCUCGUCCUCGUCUUCCCUGAUUGGUGGAGAGCGGUUUUAUUCCUCGCCGUUUUAUUAAUAAAAGGGGCCAGUAUUUUAGAGGCAUGGGAGGUGUUAAACCAGUGCUUUCCAAGCAAACUUUAGAACCACUAGAUGAAACUAUUUAUCAGGCUUUAAAGGAACACUCCACAUUUAUUUUGGAAAUAGGCUCUUUUUACAAGUCAUCUUGAGUUAAACCGUUUCCUAUUUUUAAUUCCAUUCAGCCAAUCUGGCUCUGGUGAGUGCACUUUUAGCUUAGCUUAGCAUAAUUCAUUGAAUCGGAUUAGACCAUUAGCUAUAUGCUCAAAAACAAUUAUACCUUCUGUUCAAAGCUUGACUGUUCUAUAGUUAAUUCGUGUCCUAAGACUGACAGAGAAUCGAAAGUUGAUAUUUUCCUGGUUGAUGGGGUUAUAGGAACUAUACUCUCAUUCUGACCUAAUAGUCAAGUGGCUUUGUUGUCGUACUAUGGCUGCAGCAGGUGGAAUGAUAUCAUGCAGUGUCUGAAAAGAGUCCCCAGCUAGGGAACAGUGCUACAUAAUAUCAUUGCACCUGCUGCAGCCAUGCGACUACAGCAAAGUUCCUUGAUUAUUAGGUCAGAAUGAGAGUAUAGUUCCUAUAACCAUAUCAACCUGGAUAAUAGCAACUUUUCAUUUUCUGUCAGUCUUAUUAAUGGUGAAACUACAGAACAGUCAAGCUUUAAAUAAAUCCUUUAUCCAAACACUUUGAUUUUUGAGCAAUGCUAAUGGUCUAAUCCGAUUCAAUGAUGUAUGCUAAGCUAAGCUAAAGUAAAAGUGCUACCACCAGACCCAUGUUGUGGCUGAAUGGAUUCACAAAUGGUAAAACUCAUCUGUUUUACUCUAAAGUAGAGUGUUGUGUUCCUUUAAGACUACAAUGACAUUUGAUUUGUCAAUUGUGAACUCGACCUGCAGAUGGCGCUGACAGGUUGUCUAAAGCGAGCACACUGUUUAGUCAGAUUUGCACUAGUUAAAUCAAAGCACGCCAUGAUUCCUCUUAUUCCAACAGAUUUGCUUUCAGAUUAAUAAGCUAUUGCGCUCUUGAAGUCGGACCAUCCGUUUUUAUUAAGCAUGGCGGUGCUGCUCUUGGCAUCGAUUAACUCUCUAUUAGAUGCUGAUUGGUUAUCGGCAUGCCUGUUUAACUGUUUAAGUAUUUCAAUUGCGAGACCGGACUUCCAUCAGCAUACAAGGGCAAACUUUGCCAGGAGCACUUUACUGUUCAUUAAGGGUUUAAUGGAAAGAGAAUGACAGGUUCUUUUAUAUAAAUAAUAAUAAUAAUGGUAAUAAUAAAUCUGUUGGAUCGUGAAUUUUUAACAAGGCGACUUUCUUGACCAAACUCAAGUGGUGCUCGGAUCCAGUGCGUUUAUUCUCACAGAUGUGUGUGUAUAUGGAUUAUGUUUAUGGAAUGUGUAAAUGGAAUUGUUUUUAAGAAAAUAUAUUAGGUUUAGUCUAGUUCUGAAAUGCAGCCUGUGAUCAAAUCGCUGAUAUGAUUUUAUUGAUGAUAUCGGCAGGAUUCAAGGCCAGUUUUUGUUCUUUCCCUGUGGCGAAGAUUGAUUUGAGGUUGUAUGAAGGGGGACGUUGUUUUCCUCGUGUUCUCAUGUGUGUUUGUGUGUCUUUUUUGUUUGUCCGAUUGUUUUUCUUCCACUUAUAUGGACCCUGUUAAUAGUAGAUUUAUAUUUUGUUAGAUUAUGUUUUCUCCAAUAGGUUGUUUUGUGUGUGUGUGUGUGUGUGUGAUUUUCCUGAGGCACUGACAUCACUGAUGUCAAAAGCAAAAACCACUUCAUCUGUCUGCGUAUGUACUGAUCUACUGGAAAUGUUACACGAUUAAGAAACAAGCUUUUAAUUUCCCCCCCCAAUCUUUUAUUUUUCUCAUUGUAUCAUGGUUAAAGAUUUUAUAUCCUAACCUUUCAGGUUACAACCUUUGUAAUUUUCUGUGCAUCUCUUUUAAAUACAUUUUAUGUAUUGUUAUUUUUAGUAUUUGUUAAUUAAAAUAAUAUAAAUUUGAAA